AUGGUGAAGUGCAGUGCACCUUUGUGUGGCAAUGCAACAUAUAAGAAAACACCUGAUAUUACAUUCCACCGAUUUCCAAAGGAUGAAAUAAUCAAACUUGCGUGGGUAACCAACAUGAAGAAACAAAACUUGCAGCCUACAUCAUCCAGUGUGUUAUGUUCCAAACAUUUUGAAGAUCACUUAAUUGAUAAAAGUGGAUUUAGAACAGUACUUGUUUCUGGAGCAAUUCCAACAAUCUUUGAUCUGUUGAUAGAAGUAAGUACUUAUCUUUAUUUCUAA